AUGCGGCUUGCACUGUGCAUCGCAGCUCUCCACGUCGCCGCGGGCCUCGCGCCGCCGCUCGCGACGAAUAACAACCGGAGGAUCGCGCCAAAUAACAAGCGGCGGGUCGCCGCGCGCGCCACAAUCGAAGCCGCAGAGUGGGACGCGACUGAUGACGCCGCGACACUAAAAGAGAGGCGCGAGGCGUUCCGGACUGAUAUCUGGAGGAAGCGGCCCCUCCUCGUCCGAAAUGCUGUUGAUGCCGAGGUGUUGCGCGCCGCCGGCGACGUCGACGACGUCGCGGGCCUCGCGUGCGAGCCGGACGUGGCGUCGCGCCUUGUCGACGCCGCGCUGCGCGUGACAACAGGGCCCUUCGACGAAGAUCAACUAGGGGCGCUGCCCGAGGACGAAUCUUGGAGCUUGCUGAUCAACGACGCGGACCGUUGCCUGCCCGCGCUAUCGAAUCUCUGGCCCGACGUCCUCCAUCAAAUUUGGGGCGAUAAUGGAGGCUGGCGCUGGCGCCGCGACGACGUCAUGGCCUCCGUCGCUUCCGACGGCGGCGGCGUCGGUCCUCAUGUGGACAGCUCGGACGUCUUUCUACUCCAGGCGUCCGGUAGGAGGCGCUGGAGCGUCCAGCUCGAGUACGUCGACGAGGCGGCGCAGUCGGACGCGGCGGGAGUCUGUCGGACGCUGCCUGAUUUUAAGGCCGACGCGGCGUGGGUCCUCGAGCCCGGCGAUUUAUUAUAUGUGCCCCCAUACAUCCCGCACGAGGGCGUGGCGCUCGGCGGCGCCGAGGUCUGCUCCACGUUAUCGUUCGGGCUCCGCACUUAUGAUUCGAAACAGCUCGCCGCGCGAUGGGUCGAGGACGAGCUUCUUGGGGGGACGGCGGCGCUCGUCGCCGCGCCCUUGACUGGAGACGCGGCGACGGUGGGCGCCGAGGACGUCGCUGUCGUGAGGGACGCCGUCCGGACCGCGCUGCGGGACGCGUUGGACGACGACGCCGCGUUCGCCCGCUUCCUCGGGGCGCUGGUGACGGAGCCGCGGGCGCCGCCGGUCGCGGACGACGACGACGACGACUGCUGGCGCGACGCCGUGGCCGAGGCCGCGGGCGGCGUCCGCGUCGAGUCGUUCGACGCCGCCGACGCCGUCUGCCGCGGGCCCGGCGCGCGCCUGGCGCGGGUCGGCGCCACGCAGCUCUGCGCGGGCGGCGUCUGCCGGGAGGUGCCCGCGGACGUCGCGUCGACGCUUGCUGGUUCCGAUGAGAUUCCUGUCGAGGACCUCGCCGCGUGUCCGCGGGGGCUGCUCGAGGAGCUCGCGGAGGCGGGGGAUCUGGUGUUUGUGGCUUUUGAGUCCUGA